UAAAGAAAACGUGAAGGUCAUUUUCUAGUUGAUUUUUAAAUUAUGGUACAUAGCACGUGCCACAGUUAAUCCAGCAGUUAAUACAAGACAACAAAUUAAAUGAAUUCGGCUUUGAGUCUCUAUUAAAACCCCAAAUUUGGUUCGGGCUCCUACUACAACGUUUAUGCAUUCAGUUUAAUCAUUAGUUGUCAACAUCAACAUUAGCACAAAUUACUAAGAUGUCGGUGUCCUUUGUUAUCAAAUACCUUUUAAUUAUAAAGGGUUAUAUAUCAAACCAAGUUAAUAAAGAUACCUUGUUCAAGAAAUCCUUUGUUUUAGAAUGAUGAUCUUAAGCUUACUUGAAGUCUUCAUCAUAGCAUUCCUUUUUUUCUUUGUAUUCCAAUGUUUCUUCCUCCACAAGAAAUCUCACAAAAGCCCUUUGUUCAAGAACUGGCCUUUCCUCGGGAUGAUUCCAGGUUUGGUUGUCGAAAUCCAUCGAAUAUAUGAUUGGAUGGUUGAGGCUCUUGAGGCCAGCGAUCUGAAUUUAGUUUUCAAGGGAGCCUGGUUUACUGGAACAGACUUGUUACUCACGGCUGAUCCAAGGAACAUCCAUCACAUACUAAGUUCAAACUUUCAGAAUUACCCUAAAGGACCUGAAUUCAAGAAGAUCUUUGAUAUUUUGGGAGAUGGAAUUGUAGCCGCUGAUUCUGAGUUGUGGGAGGAUCUGAGGAAGUCAAAUCACACCCUUUUUCACCAUAAAGAUUUCCUUGAGCUCGCGGUGAGUAGCAAUAUAAGUAAGUUGGAGAAGGGUCUUAUUCCUUUGCUUGACAGAGCUGUUGAGGAGAACAUAAUCUUAGACUUACCAGAUGUGUUUAAGAGAUAUAUGUUUGAUAUUUCCUCGAUUUCAAUGACCGGCUAUGAUCCAAUGUCUCUAUCCACUGAAAUGCCGGAAGUUGAGUUUGCUGAAGCUGUUGAUCUCGGUGAAGAAGCGAUCUUCUAUAGACAUCUCAAACCGGUUAUUUUGUGGAAGCUUCAAAAAUGGAUUGGGAUUGGUCUUGAGAGGAAGCUGAGAGUUUCGAUGCUCACUGUCGAUGAAAUGCUUGCGAAGAUCAUAUCUUCAAGAAGAGAGGAGAUAAGCCGUGGGGAAAGAGAGACAUCAAUGGACGUGUUAACAUAUUAUAUUAACGUAGACACGAUCAAAUAUAGGUUCUUGAAACCGAGAAAUGAUAAGUUUAUCAGAGAUGUUGUUUUUAGUCUGUUGAUAGCAGGAAGAGACACCACAAGCUCAGCUUUCACUUGGUUCUUCUGGCUUCUUUCUAUGCAUCCCCAAGUUAUGGCCAAAAUACGACGUGAGAUCAACACAAAGUAUGAUCCAGCAGAUCUAGAGAAGCUCGUAUAUUUACAUGCUGCCUUCUCCGAAACUAUGAGACUCUACCCACCACUUCCCUUUAAUCACAAGUCACCGUUGGAGUCCGAUGUGCUUCCAAGCGGACACAAAGUUGAAGCGCAUUCAAUGAUUCUAAUUUCUAUGUACGCACUGGGAAGAAUGAGAUCUGUAUGGGGAGAAGACGCAUCAGAUUUCAAACCAGAGAGGUGGAUUUCAGGAGGGCUAAGACAUGAACCUUCAUACAAGUUCCUGGUAUUUAAUUCCGGUCCAAGAACUUGCUUGGGUAAGUAUUUGGCUCUCUUGCAGAUGAAGAUGGUAGCUGUGAACAUCAUACAAAACUACGACUUUAAGAUCGUUGAAGGUCAAAUGAUCGAACCAGUUCGCUCUGUUAUUCUCAGUAUGAAGCAUGGUCUCAAAGUCACGGUCAAUAAGAAGAUAUGAUUCUUAGCUUCUAUGGUAAC